ACGUGUCCCCAGAUACCUCAAUGACCAUGUCUGACGGUGCACUAGACUUGAGCAUGUCAUCCUCCUACGAGGUGCCAGCCCACCGGGGGGCUGCGACCACAACCUCCACUUCCUCCUCUAGGGGCCACGACCAGCUCAGCGACUCAGGCCGAGCAUCGUCCGACAGCACGUCAUCAGAUGUCCACGAUGACGUCAAGAUGCGGCGCAUGACGUCAUCACCGCCCCCGCUGCCGCCUCACAUGAGCGUGAACUCUAUGUCCGCCUCCCUGGGAGCGUCAGCCGGGGCGACGAGCAACAGCAACCCGAUCCCCGCGCCCUCUGUGACGUAUCCGCCUCCGGGUCACCCCCGGGAUCAUCAUCUACCAGAACUCCACCACCACCAGCAGGCUCAGAGGCCUGUCAGCUCGUCCACCAGCCCUCCCCGCAUGGGAGGAGGCACUACGGGCAGGUACUCGAACCAAAACUCUCCGCAGCACUCGCCAGCGCCAGGGGAAGAGGAUGUGAAACCCUCCCUGCCCAUAGACCGAAUCUCAUCAGACGCCCGCGUGGCGCCCAUACGUCCCUUCAAGAUGUACCCCGUAGACCCUUUUAAUAUGUACAGCUCCUCUCUCAUGGCUGGUGGGGGUGGAUCCCCCUCGCCCGUGGGGUUGCCCUCUCUAUACGACUCCGCCUCCCCGACCAGCUUCCCGUCCUUCCCUUUAACCCCGCUGACGUCACAUCUCAUGCAGCGGAAGCGCCGAGCAGAGAGUCGAGAAAACGCCGCGUCAAACUCCUCGGCCGGCAUGGCUGCGUCUUCCGGAGCGUCCAAUAACACGGCCGGAGCGUCGAGCUCAAGCAAUAACGCCAGUGCUGUCCUAGAAGGCAGCGGCAACAGCAACAGCGGUUUGGCCGGCAUGAGCUGCUCCAACAACGUCACUACCUCCAGUUCCGGAAGUCUGGAGCUAAAAAACGAUGACCUGAGCGGAAGUGAUGGGGAGAAGAAAGUGAAGAUGAUGGAUAAUAUGAAAAAAGACGAUGCGUACUGGGAUAGGAGAAGGAAGAACAACGAAGCCGCGAAACGAUCACGUGACGCAAGGCGACAGAAAGAGGAGGAGAUCGCGAUGAGAGCGGCAUAUCUGGAGCAGGAAAACCUCAAACUGAGAGCUCAGGUCGCCAUUUUGAAAAACGAAACAGCUAAAUUACAUUACAUGCUUUACAAUAGAAUCUGAUCGCAACAUUUCUCUACUACUAGUUGUACUCAACGAUAUUUGGCAUGAUAACUGCUCAAACAGGAAUGACGUUAUCUACUUCCCACUGACAAUUACAAAGAAGCCGAGCUAAAAAACAACAGAAGCAAGGAUUGGUGGAGUCUUCUGUGAAGUACAUGCAAACUGUAAGGGUGACAUUAUUAUAAUAAUUGAUCAAAGCACAAAGAGUGCAGUCUCAUCCAGAGAUUAUGUGUGCUUCGCCCUUUCUAUCCUUCUCUUCGAUCAGUUGCAAGAACGUGUGAUCAGGACAUGAAGAGACGAUCCUGUUUGUGUCCCAAAGGCAAUGUUCUCAGCAGAAAAGACAUGUCGUUUGAAUGGUUUCAUUCAUGCCCAGUUUUUGCCAUUACAGUGUCCACAAGAACGCCGAACUCAUCAGCGCUAUUAUCAAGAACGUAGGUGCACUAGAUCUAUGUAAUUUGGAAGUCUGGGAAUAUCAUUGUAAGUUUGAAUAACGUAUACUUGAGUGUACAGGCACGCCU